AUGAAGGUAGGAGUGAUUGAGACCCAUCACUCCCAUACAAUUGGUCCCAGUGUGGUAGUGCAUGACACCAGUCAGAACCCUGGACUAAUGCACACAGGGGAAAACAGGUAUGUCAGAUAUACUGUUUUGCAACGAUAUCUACCUGAUGCAUUUGUAUGCUACAAUAUUAAUAAUAAUAGUAAUAAAGAUGAACAGGAGAAGAAAAGGAAAAAAGAGAAAAAGAGCAAGCCAGAAAAAAUAAAGGAUGGAGAAACACAAAAGAACAAAUUAAAAAAGGAGAAAAAAAAAAAUAAAGAUAAGUCCAAGAAGAAAGAAAAUAUAAAAGAGAAGAAGAAAGAUAUUUUAACCAUUGAUCCAGCAGGAAAUAUGUAUUACAACUGGUUGUUUUGCAUCACAGUGCCCGUCAUGUACAACUGGACCAUGAUUAUUGCUAGAGCCUGUUUUGAUGAGCUUCAGCACGACUACUUAGUGGCAUGGUUUAUUAUUGAUUAUGUUUCUGAUGCCAUUUAUGUUGUUGACAUGUUGGUACGGACAAGAACAGGUUACCUGGAGCAAGGUCUUCUGGUGAAAGAAGAACAAAAGCUACGAGAGAAAUACAAGAAAUCUUUUCAAUUCAAAUUAGAUUUUCUGUCAGUCAUACCAACGGAUCUAUUAUAUUUCAAGUUUGGAUUGAAUUACCCAGAAUUAAGAAUAAACAGACUCCUCAGAGUAGCUCGGAUGUUUGAAUUCUUCCAGCGAACAGAAACAAGGACAAACUACCCAAAUAUCUUCAGGAUCUCCAACCUUGUCAUGUACAUUGUGAUUAUUAUACACUGGAAUGCCUGUGUGUACUACUCAAUCUCAAAAGCCAUUGGAUUUGGGGCUGACACAUGGGUCUACCCCAACACCUCUGAUCCUGAAUUUGCCCAUCUGACUAGAAAAUAUGUCUACAGUCUCUACUGGUCAACACUGACCCUGACUACUAUUGGUGAAACACCCCCUCCUGUAAGAGAUUCUGAGUAUUUCUUCGUGGUUGUUGACUUCUUGGUUGGAGUAUUGAUUUUUGCCACCAUUGUUGGUAAUGUGGGCUCUAUGAUCUCCAACAUGAAUGCUGCCAGGGCAGAGUUUCAAGCAAGGAUUGAUGCUAUCAAGCAGUAUAUGCACUUCCGGAAUGUGAGUAAAGACUUAGAAAAAAGAGUUAUAAAGUGGUUUGACUACCUGUGGACAAACAAAAAGGCUGUGGAUGAAAGGGAAGUCUUGAAGUAUCUGCCAGAUAAACUCAGAGCAGAGAUUGCAAUCAAUGUUCACCUGGAAACGCUAAAAAAAGUUCGGAUUUUUGCAGACUGUGAAGCUGGUCUGCUGGUUGAACUGGUUUUGAAACUCCAGCCUCAAGUAUACAGUCCUGGAGAUUAUAUUUGCAGAAAAGGAGAUAUUGGACGAGAGAUGUACAUUAUCAAAGAAGGCAAGCUGGCAGUAGUCGCUGAUGAUGGAAUCACACAAUUUGUGGUGCUAAGUGAUGGCAGCUACUUCGGAGAAAUCAGCAUUCUUAAUAUCAAAGGGAGCAAAGCUGGCAAUCGAAGAACAGCCAAUAUUAAAAGUAUUGGAUACUCAGAUUUGUUUUGUCUGUCUAAGGAUGAUCUCGUGGAGGCCUUAACAGAGUAUCCAGAUGCAAAGGCUAUGCUGGAAGAAAAAGGCAAGCAAAUACUAAUGAAAGAUGGGCUGUUGGACAUUGAAAUUGCAAGUUCAGGAAAUGAUCCUAAAGAUCUGGAAGAGAAGGUUGCCUACAUGGAACGAGCAAUGGACAGGUUACAAACAAAGUUUGCCAGGAUGUUGGCAGAGUAUAAAAGUUCACAGCAGAAACUGAAAAACAGACUUACACAAAUUGAGGAAAUAUUGAAGCCAGUAAUAGAGGAAGAGUUUGUAGACUUAGAAGAAGCAGAUCCACCCACAGACAAACCUGGAUUAUCAAAAGCUGAAUAA